GGCAAAAUGGCGCUGGCGUCGCUUUCGGACCAGCUGAAGGUCUACCUGACGCUCUUGGUCGGGCCCGACGACCUCCUCUCGCUCGCUGCCACGUGCAAGGUCUGGUACAUCUUCGCCAACGAAGAGCCACUCUGGGAGACGCAGGUGCUGCGCACGCACCACGGCGACUUUGCGUACAAAGGCUCGUGGAAGACAACAUACUUUUACCCGCGUGAGCCACCGACGGCGCCUCGGCCGCCGCCGCCCGCGAUCGCGAUCCUGCCCGAGAGUCUCUCGUCGGACUUUCUGCAGCGCCGGUACUACCGCCGACACAUGCACUUGGUAGACUUCGUGCCGCAGUCGCCGCGCACGAUUCCUCGCAUGGCCAUGGACGCGAUCGCUCCGAGCGCUUUCAGCGAGCGCUAUGGCCGGCGCCCGGUCAUGCUCACUGACGGCUGCACCGACUGGCCCGCGCUGCCGUCCACUGGCGAGCGCAAGCCCGCGGCGUGGACCCUCGAGACGCUCGUGUACCGCUUUGGCGACGUGGCCUGCCGCGUCACGCACAACCUCGACGUCGACGUCGACGUCCGCAUCACGCUGGCCGACUACGAGGCGUACGUCGCGGGCCAGCACGACGAGACGCCGUUGUACAUCUUCGACCCGCUCUUUGGCGAGAAGAUGCCGUCGCUCCUCGACGACUACGCCCUGCCGCCCAUGUUUCGCGACGACCUCCUCGACGUCCUCGGCACCGACCGUCCCGAGUUUCGGUGGCUCGUCGCCGGUCCCGCCCGGUCGGGCGCGCCGUGGCAUCUCGACCCGGUCAAGACGUCGGCAUGGAACGCGCUGCUCGUGGGCCGGAAGCGCUGGGCCAUGUACCCGCCCGACCACCCGCCGCCAGGUGUCGAGCUCCUCAACAACGAGGCGGCGGUGCACAUGACGUCGCUCGAGUGGUACUUGAACGUCUACCCGACGCUGGCGCCCGAAGACCGCCCGUACGAGGUCGUGCAAGAGCCCGGCGAGACCAUCUACGUGCCCAGUGGGUGGUGGCACCUCGUGCUCAACCUCGACUUUUCGGUUGCCGUGACCCAAAACUUUGUGGACGCGUCGAACCUCGGGCCGUUCCUUUCCGACGUUACGCGCACCGGCGACCUCGACACGCUAAGCCGCCUCGAGUCGGCGAUCGCCACGACGCGCCCGGGUCUCUCGCCGUUCUUGCGGCUCUACCACCUGCCCGUCCAGCGCGGCUACGUCAACGAGAGUGCCAUGGUGCGGUCGUUCACGGACACGAGCGUGUGGGCGCCGAGCGUGCGGCACAUUUUAUCCCGACACGACCUGCUGCAGUCGUGCAUGGACGCGGCGCUCACGUCGAUCGCGUCGGCGCCACUUCGAGCCCUCACGGCGGCCGUGAACCCCGUCUUUGUCGUACACGACCACGUCGUUCUCAAGUGGUUUAGCUCGCUCAACCGCCAGUGGGCCGACUGCGACCUCCCGACCGCGCUCACGCCGCACGUGCGUGGCGUCGACGGCGUCGACGUCAUCACGUUCCUCGAAGCCGCGUUCGUCAACGAGUGCCUUGUCUACGAUGCGAUCGCUGCGCACGGCUCGCCACUGCUGCAAGCAGCGACGCCGACGCUCUUGGCGCGUGGCACACUGCACCCUGAGAUUGACGACGACGACGUCGUGUGGCGCUGGCCGUACCUUGUGCUCUCGUACAACGCCGACGACGUCUCGGUCGCAACGAUGCUGGCGCGCGGUGACCCGCUCUCGCCGGCGUCGUGGUCCAGCUUGGUCGAUUGGCUCGGCGACGCGUGGUUCCCGGCCUUCCACGCCCUUCCGGUGCCGUCGAUGCCCAGCGCCGUGGGCCCGACGCCCCGCAACAGUAUGCAAUGGUACACCGAGUACCUCGGCCGUCUGCGCGCCAAGUGCGUCGGAGUGCACUUGGACAAUGGCGUGCUGCCCGACCACUUGAUGGAUCAGAUGGACGCGUUCGUACCAAGCUGCGCCGCGUCCUUGGUCCUCGAUGUGUCAUCGUCGCCCGUGUUGUUGCAUGGCGACUUGACGGCCGAGAACGUACUCGGGCGGCCGCCGUGGACCGACGCGCUGCGGGCGGCGCUGCCACCGGCCGUCGCGUCGCCGCUCGAGGCGUUUGCGGCCGCGCACCAGAUCACGUCGCUCGCGCAGCUCGCGCUCGAGGCGCCCGAACUCGACGGGCUGACGUGGCCGCUGCGCCGCCGCCUCCUCGCGGUGGCCCACCGGGCCAAGGUGCACGCCGCCAGCUUUCUCUUCGCUGACGAGGAGGAGGAGACCUCGGGCGAGAAGGAGCCAGUGUUUGUGGGCGGCGCGUCGUGGGCGCCGACGACGGUGCUGGACUUUGCCGACAUGAAGACGGGCGACGCCAUCUGGGACCUCGUGCCCGUCAUCUUUUCUCUCCUCCAUGGCGACGUGGCCCUCGUACGCCAGCUUCUUCGCACGGCGCACUGGGCCAAGAUCGUGGGCCCGCACCGCGCCGAGCUGCCGCUGCUGCUCAUGCGCCUCACCUUACUGCACCCGAGUCAGAGCGUCACGGUCAUGCUCGAGCGCUACCCUGCCGUCGCCUCGGCGGCGACGUGGACCGACGCGGCGAACCUCGUGUUUGGCCCGAUGCUUGCGUAG